UCGAGGAAUGUACUCUUCCGGGAAAAGGAAGCGUCAGCAAAAUCAGGGUGGUGUUUUUGAACAGUUUGAACAGAAAGUGGCAGCUCUGCACCGGAGAAGCUAAAAGAAAAGGAGUUGUUGUUGAAGUAGCAGGUGGCGGUGCAACCUUUAGAACAGCUCUUCGGUUUUUUGGAGAGGCAUGAAUGACUUUGCAGUUCUCAACACUGGGCGGAAGAUGCCCCUUAUUGGACUGGGCACAUGGAAGAGUGAACCUGGAAAGGUGAAACAAGCCGUUGUGUGGGCCUUGGAGGCUGGCUAUCGUCACAUUGACUGUGCAGCUAUCUAUGGGAAUGAAGUUGAGAUUGGAGAAGCUCUGCAGGAGAUUCUGGGCCCAGACAAGUCUCUGAGACGAGAGGAUGUCUUUGUCACAUCUAAGCUGUGGAACAACCGCCAUCACCCAGAGGAUGUUGAGCCUUCCCUCCUGAAAACACUAAAGGACCUGAAGCUGGAGUACCUGGACCUGUACCUCAUUCACUGGCCUUACGCCUUCCAACGAGGAGACGCUCUGUUCCCCAGGAAGGAGGACGGCUCCCUGCUGUACGAUGACACAGACUACAAGGUGACCUGGGCAGCCAUGGAGAAGCUGGUGGAGAAGGGCCUGGUCCGAUCCAUCGGCCUGUCCAACUUCAACAGCAGGCAGAUUGACGACAUCCUGUCUGUGGCCAGCAUUAAGCCCACCGUUCUUCAGGUAGAGAGCCACCCGUACCUGGCCCAGGUAGACCUGCUGGCACACUGUCGGGACCGGGGUCUGGUGGUGACCGCCUACAGCCCCCUGGGGUCUCCAGACCGAGCCUGGAAACAUCCAGAUGAACCCGUCCUGCUGCAGGAGCCUGCAGUUCUGUCACUGGCAGAGAAGUACAACAAGUCUCCUGCUCAGAUCAUCCUCAGAUGGCAGACACAACGAGGCGUAGUAACAAUUCCUAAGAGUGUGACAGAGUCGCGCAUCAAGGAGAACAUCCAGGUGUUUGAUUUUACCCUUGAAGCAGAAGAAAUGAAAAGCAUCACAGCACUAAACAGAGGCUGGCGCUACAUCGUACCAAUGAUUGAGGUGGAGGGGAAGCGAGUUCCCAGGGAUGCAGGACAUCCUCACUACCCCUUCAACGACCCCUACUGAUGACCAACACUAUAGCCUCAAUUUGUGCCUUCAACUUUAACCUCACAUCGCUCACCAGUGUAGUUGUGCCAUCCAUCUUCACUCUGUUAGAUUCUGCACUUGUCGUUUAAAUGCAUCAUGAUAACAGUCUGAGACUGUAAAGGAACUACUGUAACUGAAUGCACACCUGUUCUUUUUUUAAAUAAACAUUUUGUUACGUUG